ACUUUCGUGUAUGAGUUCAUAGGCUGUGGGUGAAAAUAUACUGCAGAAAUUUCGUCCUGUUAAAAACCAUCAUUCGACAUACGAAUGCUGGUGGAACUUUCGAUAAGCUCUGAUGCAUCUCCCGACUAAUGCUGUUUUCAUUGGCUUACGUUGUUUCCCGUCCCGGAACAGUAUCGAAUCGUACGAUGAAAAUUGCAUUAAUGUACCGGUGUUCCUGGAGUUUUAGUUCGUUUUUCACCACUUUUCCUCGUGCUGCGGCACAGUGGGCCAACGGUGUAGUAAAAAUGUCAAAGUAAAGCAAAAAUACAGUUAUAAAAGCUCUGCGAUUUAAAACAAUAUACCAAGAUAAAAAGUGGCCGCCAGACUCAAAAUUUCUACAAAAAUCAAAACUCAGUGGAAAUAUGUUUUACGCUAAGUAAUGUUGAAAUUUUCAUCAUCAGAUACAUUAUUGGUGUUUUUUGUUGCACUCUAUUCGUAUACGAAUUAACUAACGGUAAGGGUGAGAAAUAUUAACAAAUUCCUGAAUUUUAAAGUUUAAAAAAAACCAAUUCAAACAACUCAAAAAACAAAAUAUGAUCAGACAUGUAAUCAAAACCAAGUAUAUUACAUAUAGUAAAGGUAAACAAAGAUUUGCAAAAUACAUAGGUCGUUGCAAUACUUUCACAAAUUAUAGUUUUGUUGUUUAAUGAACAUAAUGUUUUUUGCAUGAACUGCUUUCUUGUUUGUUUUUUCAUGACUUCUUUUGCAAUCACUUCGAUCGAUGCAAUCGAUAUCUAUUUGAGGCUAACAUUUUUCUUAAAGCAAGUCGUAUCGAUUUGUUUGUCAGGCCAACAUGAACAUGGUUCAUCUCAUUGAUUGAUCAAUGAAAAUACUUUGUUACAAUUUAAUAUUCAUACGCUGCAGGACGAAAAUAUCAUGUUAAAUCAUCAGUGUUAAAUGUACUCAGAAACUUCUUGUUUCUUUCUGACUUAUGGCCAAAAUUUAAAAUAUAGUUGAUUUUCGCGGUUAUUACAAUAGAUUGACAUAUUCUUUUUCAAAUAAUAAUUCAUAUUUAUUACAGUUAUGCUAUUCAGCAUAAUCCCUCGGCAAGUGACUCGUUUUCAGGUUUAUAUUUAGAAUUGAAUCAUUACUAGGAGUAAUAGCCGAAAAACAGCUAUGUAUACUUAGUAAAGAGAUUUUUGGCAAAAUGGGGAAAAAAACAUAAUUUGUUUGGUUUGUGAACAAUCUAAAACAAUCAUACUAGGUGGAAUUGUUAAGAGAGGUCUGAAUUGGUCGCGACUUUGUACGAUAAUCGACCAUUGUUCUUGUUGGAUUUCCAGGCGAAAAGUGUAUAUCUGAGCGGCGAGCAGCGCAAGAGAAAAAUCCUUAGUUUGGAGCGAAUUUACUCUUCAAUUACGUUUGGAAAAGCCGAACACGAACCGAAAGAGAAAAAUGACAGCGCUCUCUCGCUUUAUAUCCGUGCCGUGAGGAGCAAAACAUGAGAGAAUAUUGAAGGGGGGAAACGAAUAAGCAUACAUGAACGAGAAAGCGCUGCAUCGGAAUCAUAUGUUUCUUUCCUUCUUGAGGACAUCUGCACUAUGGGCAUGGUUUGCAGCUGGUCAAACUGGUCACGAAUGAAAUGGAAGCUGCGAUAGCUAGCGAGCGACGAUGUUUUUUCUCAUUCUGGCAUAACGAAUGUUUUAAAGGAGAGACAGGGAAACAGGACAGAGAAAAGAAGAGAGAGAGAGAGAGAGAAACCAACGUACCCGACCGGAACCCGACCUGUCGCGGUGAUGUUGCUUGCGUAUGAAAUGCGUUUGGCGCAAGAAUUUCGUUCACUUCGUCGUUCUGAGAAGACCUGUCGCACCGCGUAUCGCUGCGUAUCGAAUCCGAUUGGCGCAAGAAUUUUAUCCUGCGCGGUCUACGUAAGCGUUAACGAAGGUUUCUAUAGUAACAUGAACGAUAAGAUAGUUGCCAAAGUGUUUUGUAAACUUUUCAAACAGUGAGCUGAAAAGUUUUGCUUAUUGAGUGAAAGUGAAAUUUUACAUAAACUCGUGCUGCCGCCGUCGUGUGCCGACGUUUAAGAACCAAGUAGGCCAUCGAGAGGUUUCCUUGUGAGUGUUGAGCAGGAAAAAAUCAAUUUUUGUGCUAGUUGUCACACUGGGUAUCGACAUUUUCUGCUAUGUGCAGACACAUUAAACGUAUAAGUAAUACACCGCAAAAUACCGCUGGUUCAGGCUAAACGUUGAAGCCUUUGAUAGCAUCGAUUGGGAGACGCUUUGCAUGUUAAUUAUAUAAGCAGAUUUGCAUGAUACCGGACAGGCUUUUCCAAAAUUUAGAUCGCCAACGUUCCAAUGCCGGGAAGGCUAUUGUGCUUGUGAUGUGAAGAGGAUUCUCGUGCUUAAAACGUAUGCCGUUUUCUAAAGUCUAGCUAUAGGACGGUGAAAAAUAUCUCUUGUCAGUCUUCUUACUACAGCGAGUUGCACAUUUAAUGCAUCUUAGAAGGUUCCAGCUUAGUGUAGAACAGUGUUUACAAUCGCAAUAAAGUGGGUAGUGUUUUAGUGUUAUAAAUUCAAGUAUUGUAGUAGUUUUAAAUUUAAAAAAAUACGAAAUUCAUUCAUUGUGAGCAAAUGGUCAGAAAUAAGUGUUGUUAUAAGUUUAAUAGUGCAAAGAAAUUAAAGGACUCUUUGUAGACAUUUUUGUUUGGAACGAUUGGGUAAAACAAUAAUUUUUGCUCAUUCAGAAUGUGAACUAGCUGAUAUAUUCCAUUUUGUGAUACGACGUAAGUGUGUGUGUGUGUGUGUGUGGGAAUCUUUUGAAAAUGUACAUUAAGAAGGAACAUUACAAUUUUUAUCAGCUGUUUUGGAAAAGUAAUAGAAUUUUGUGCAUUGCCGUAGCGAAUUAAACGUAAUAAGACGUUACCUUUGAAAUAUCGUAUGUUGUGAAGAAACUCAACCGGCGUUUGAGAAUGAAAAUGAAAAGGAACAAAAAAAAUAACCCAAAACUGGUUUUUGUAGGUAUGAAAAUUCAGAACUCAGAAACUAAACCUGCACGUACCUCGAGGCUGAUCGUCGAAGGCGCCAUUGAAGAGGGUUAUUCGUGCAAAUUAUCCAACGGCACCCGUUUGUCCCAUACAGCAAACCGCCGCCAAAUGCCGAACUAGGUAGGAAGCGGUUUUGACUGCAUCGACGUAUCGUUAGCGUUUUAUGUGUGUAUAUACAUACACGCCAACGGCAUAGCAGAGAAGACUGCGGGAAAAAUUAGAUGAAAAAACUCGAAAAACACACGAAAAGGCUGGCCCGUUCUUUAAAUUGUUCGAUCGAAGACACGUCCAAGAAGAAAGGCCGAGAAGCAAGUACGCUAAUCUUAUUUUCGCAUGUGUUAUUCCGGUUCCGCAGAAGUUCGUUUCUACCAGAGAAGCAGAUUUUGCAGCAUAAGCAUCGAGCCAGUAACAUAAUCGAGACGCAGAAAAGGACUGCGUAAGAGAGUUUCGAGAGGAUAAUGAAAAUCGAUCUAAUAAUAAUCAUAAAAAAAAGAAACCCCAGAAGAAAUCUACAGUACCGUGCCCAAACCAGCCUGGAUAGGAUUCGAUGUGAUUGUUAAAGUGUAGCUGUGUUCGCGUUUAAUUAGCUGCUUGUGUGUUCUUUUUUGUUCUUGAUUUGUUUGCCCAAUGUUGCCAUUUCAAUCGGUUUCAUAUCGUCGACGAAUAACGAAAUGUUUACGGUGGUGAAGUUGUUGAAAGCAAUGAUUAAAUCAAUGUGUGUUGUUGUUCCUUGCAUUACCGUGCAUCAGUGUGCUUCGUGUCAUAAUAUAUCGGUGUCUUAUUAAAAUGUGCGAUCAGCGUGUUAAGCGUGUGGUGAGGUGUUGAUUGUGUGUGCAGUUUCUGUUUUUUUUUGCUCUGGUCAAGUUAAAAGAUUUUCGACGCCGUGGAUUACAUUAAUAUCGCAAAUCAAAGUUUCGGCAAUCGGUUCGGUCGACAGAUCGGUUUACAUCGCCGUAAACGCGUGGGUCGGUGUUGAAUGGUUUUGCAUCAAUUUAUACCGAAUUGGUUCGUACGACACGACAGGAGGAUAAACGCGCAAUACAGAAAGCAAUUAAUUUCUAACGCACCGUUGAACUGUGAUGGUGCUCGACGUGCAGAAUUUCUAUCGUAAGGAGCCCGACCGGCUGAGGCAGCCGCGAUUCGUGUAGCUCUGCCAUGACCAAGCAGCUCUGGAACUGCGAUACAUCCUGGCGAUGUGUCCAGGCAUUGGCAGUGAUCCUGACCAUCCUGCUAUUGCCCGGUACAGGUGGUGCGCUGGAUCCCGGCAUCGAUUUACUAGACGCAUUAAAUCUACACUCAAACUUGUCCCAAUACCCAGGGGUAACGAUUACACCAUCCAGAGUUUUUCAUUUGUCAGGUCUCGAUCGAAAUCUUGUUCUUCCGGCUGCGGUUUUUCACCGGGCAGUCGAGCAGAUGAAAAAAUCACCAGAAUUUACCUUUUCCGUUGUCCUAAAGCAAGAGCAAUCAAACUCUGGGACCAUAAUAUCAUUUUCCAACGGAAUUAAUAGGUAUUUAGAAUUACAAUCAAGUGGAAGACGUGACGAAAUACGUUUUCAUUACACACACAUAACAGCAGCGGGUGCAACGCAGAUUCUAACGGAAACGUUCCCGUAUCGACUAGCGGACGAUAUCGAGCACAAGGUGUCGCUUACAGUUAGCGGCACUGAAAUGCAACUAUUCAUCGACUGCCAUCCACUGUAUAAAAGAGUGACACAUUUUUUACCAGAUAGAAAUUUUAGUGCUUCCAAUAUGCAAUUAUUCGUCGGACAAAGGAACUCAAAUAGUCAUUAUUUAUUUAAGGGAGAAAUAAAAGAUUUACGUCUUAUCACUGGGUCUUAUGGUUAUUUAUCUCAAUGCGAGUUGAUGGACGCACAAUGUCCUACCUGUGGACAGUUCUUAGAGUUAGAAAAUGCUUUAUUAGAAUUAAAACAAACAAUGUCGCUGUUAACAAAAAGGCUAGUGGAAGCAGAGAAGCGCGUUUCAUAUAUUGAGGAAUGUGAUUGUAAAAAAUCAUGCUUAAUAAAUGGUACAACUAAAAAUGAUGGUGAUGCCUGGGAUAUUGGGUGCAGUCGAUGUGAAUGCAAACAAGGCAUAGUCAAAUGUGGUCCAAGACCAUGUCCAGAAGUUAAAUGUAAACAUCCAGUAUUAAAAGAGGGCGAAUGUUGUCCUGUGUGUUUGAAAAGCUGUUACAUUACUAAGAAAGACUUUGAACAUGGCGAAAUCCAAAUCCUUGGUUGUAGAAAUUGUUCGUGCGUUGAUGGUAAUAUGCACUGUGAAUUCCUGCAAUGUCCCGAGCUAAAAUGUCCGCCGGAGCAACAAAUGUCCGUGACGGAUGAGUGCUGCAAGUUUUGUCAAGAUACUCCACAUAGGCGAAAAGUACGGCCACACAAGCGACCGCAUGGCGGUGGUGGUGGCGGCGGCGGUGGUAAUAGGAGGCAGCAUCACAAGAAUUCUACUCACAGAAACAAACAUUCAAAGAAAAAGAAGCACGAACAAGCAUUACAGUUGCAAGCAACCGAAGAUGUGGAUGAGUGCACUCAGCAGGGUGGUCUCAAUGGUAACCACUGUCAUCUGAACACGCGGUGUGUGAACACGUUUGGUUCGUACAUUUGCGAAUGUUUACCUGGCUACCGAAGACAAGACAAGUUUAACUGCGUGGAGAUGGACGAAUGUAAAUCUGGGGAGCACAAUUGCCACGAGAAUGCAGAUUGCAUUAACACAUUAGGUUCUUACCAUUGCCAAUGUAAGGAAGGCUAUACAGGCAACGGACGCGAUUGCAAACCCGUGUGCAAUCAAACUUGCUUGAAUGGUGGCGAAUGCCGUUCACCUAAUGUCUGUACAUGUCGCACGGGAUACAUUGGUGAGUCGUGCGAAAAAGACCUGGACGAGUGUGCAACAGGUUUGCAUCGAUGUAAGGACACGACGGAUUGUGUGAACAUGCCGGGCUGGUACUUCUGCAAGUGCAAGGCUGGAUUCGAAACCAAAGGCAAAGAAUGUGUAGAUAUAGAUGAGUGUUACCUCAAUACGCAUAGCUGUCAUCCGACGGCUCGAUGCGUUAACACACCGGGCCAUUUCAAAUGCGAAUGUCCGGUCGAAAGCGAUCCGGAUUGUAGAUUAAGUUGUAUGUUCGAAGAUCGUGAACUGCGAGAUGGUGACAAGGUAUCACCCAGUAACGCGCCAUGCAAAAUCUGUACCUGCUCAAAAGGUGUGAUCAGCUGUGUGGAGCCGCCGUGCAACUGUUCUACAUGGCGCCCAGGGGUCGUCAGUGAACUAUGUUGCCCACAAUGCGAUCCAAAACAAUCUUGCCAGCACCAGGAGCUGAAGCAUGUCACGUUUCGCAGUGGCGAACAGUGGAUAUAUCAAUGUCAAACAUGUGAAUGUUUGUAUGGCGAAUUUGACUGUUGGAAACUUGAUUGUCCUCCACUCACAUGUGAUAAUCCGAUGCCGGCCGGACCGGCAGAUUGUUGUCCCCGAUGUCCAGAUGACAGGUGUGGGUUUGAGAACCUAACGAAAUUAAUCGCCAGCAGUAGCGCUGAAGAUGUCGGUGUCGGAACAACAUGCUUGUACGGGAAUCACGUGUACCCGCCUGGACCAUUUAAAUAUCCGUCCAGAGAAUGUACCACCUGUUCCUGUAAGGUCCCCUACUGUGCCCUACUGGUGAGCAAUUCCGCGUGUUGUGUGCAUCGAACGGCAAAAUCACCUGUCGUUACGACGAUAACUGCAUUAUUGCUGACAAUCGUGGUGCACUACGAAUGGUGGAAGAGCUUAAUACGAACAAUAGGCUCAACUCUAGCUCUCCCAAUCAUAAACCAUCGCAAACAACGACCCCAAAGAUGUUGGUGCACCAACAACAGCAGCAUCAUCAUCUGCCUCACAGGACAGCGGCGAUCAAUAGUUUAUCAAAAACGACUAACCGCCCUGACCGAAGCAACACACCAAUGCCAACCGAAGCAGCAAUGGCAGGAGAGGCAUCAACUAAAACGGCCACAUUUGCAAGGAGCACAAUUAGUAGUAAACAACAUUUUAAUCAAGCAUCAGAUGAAACAGCAAUUUUGCGGACCUUCGCUAUCGGUUCGUCUAAGGUCAAUGCUGGUGUUAGUGGAGAACCAGCCGAUUCACAGCACGCUGUCCUAUCAAUUACAGUUCCAGAAUCAACCAGCAGAUCUGUACAUUCCACUAAAGCAGAUGAACCAUCGGGCAACGAAAACAUUCUGCCUGCGGCAUCGGCAAAAACGAACCAUUUACAACAUAAUCCUGACAAGGAAGGACUUACAACUGAAGCUGAAGACGGAUCAUCUUCUAGGAAACAACGAGCGACCAUCUCUGUUCAAUCAACGCCAACGGCCUCAACAACGAAAUCACACAAAAAACGAUCACUACUGCAAAUGCUCCCAUUUUUCGAUUCGAUUAGUGAUUUGGACGAUAAUUCAGUAGCCCCAACCAGGCGUUAUGCGAAGCGUAGUGAACGAGGAUAAGCACGAGGAUAAAACUUUCACAAAACAAACCUGUUAUUCGAACGCAAACCAAAACUAUUCCAAAAUUAAUUUACUAUAUUAUCGAGAAACACGUAUCCAUACAACGAAAAGAAUAAUAAUUAAAGGUUAAACAUGGAGUGAGUUAGCACGAUUUUUGUACAUGAUAGAAUCAUAUGCACAUGAUUCAAUAAUCUAUUGCGUAUAAUGAAGGUAUGCAGUAUUUAUACUGCAACACAACAUUUGGUAAUUAAUAACAGUUCAUUAAAAGUACAAUCUCAAAUUAACUCUGAUCAAAAUCGCAUACCUGAAACAAUAUCGAAAUAUCAGGUUUUGAAAUUUUACCGUUCAAGUGUUAAAGAUUCCUGCGACAUUGACCUACAUAUAUUCUAAAAAGCAUUCCUCUCCAACUCCGCCUUCAUACAAAAAAAAAAGAAAUACACACACACAUUUGAUGCAAUAAAUAAAAAAACAGGUUUAUGGUAGAAUCCCGCAAUAAAAAUAUUCUCAAAGUUGUAAAUUAUAGAAUCUCCAGCGAUGCAGAGCGUUAUGAGUAAAACAGCAAUUUGCAUCGGCCUGAAUUGAGGUAGCGUCGUGGAAGUAAUUUAACAAUGUAAUAUGCAACUACGUCAAUAGAACAAUGUUUCUAAUUUUUUGCAUACGUUUGACACCAACGAAGAAGGUUGUUAGUUCACAAUGGGCUAUAUAAAUAGUGUAAUAUGUACAAAAUAGCAAACUAUACUGAUGAAACAUUCAAUAGAUCACGGAAUGUAACAUUUCGUCCGAAUUGUACUAUGUGUUCGUUAGUUUGGUGGAUAAUCAGUACUUACUUAUCUCAUUGUGAGCAGUUAAUGUAUGUUUGCGCAGAAUUAACAGAUGAUAGAACUUAAAUAGGAAUAGGUCCAGUAGAUAGUUUAAAGUAAUUGUGACAAAUGUGACACAAUGUUUAACAAAUUGCUUGGUUCUAGUCAUUGACGAAAGGGAACUUUAAGGAAAAUUAUUUAUUUAAACUACGUACUCUGCUUCUGUUUGUUACUCAAUCAUUGAGCAAUCAUUGAGCUGAUAUCAGCCAUUAGUUUCAUCGCCAGCAAAGUUCACAAACAUUUUUGAUUUAUAUGACAAAGGGGGAAAAAGCCUGCCCUUAGCAUUCUUAUAUUUAUUCAUUCGACAAACCUGCUACAUUACAAAAGCGAAGAGCAAACACAUUGUGUAAAAUAUUUGGUCAUUUGGACGUUUUAGCAUUACACGAAUUAUAUUAGCGUAUAACCAAUUUAUUAGGUUUUAUUGAAUUUGGUUUCUAUACAAUUAAACGAAAUAUAAGCAUAAUGAAGUUUAUUGUUUUUAACUUUUUACCAGCCUUAGAGAAGAUGACAUACCGAUGCAUCUCAUGAUGCCUUGAAAAAUGCUAGGAAAAACUAAAUGUAACUUAAAAAAAACCUUUAAUGAGCGUACUGUGACUUUGAAACAGUGUAUAAAUUAGACCAGAUUACAUUUCAAAACGAGGUUAUGCUAAAUAAACAUAGAAGAAAAAAUGAGUUACGAUUACAACUGUAUCGCGUUUACAAAAAUAAGUACCAACACGAUAAGAUGAUCAUGCGGUUAACUAACUCGUUGCAUGAACAAAACAACUGAAUGACAAAUUGCGGCUAGAACCACAUUUGCAAUAUCGGGCAUUUCAUGUAAUUUUGAGUUUACUGUGUAUAACAGACAAACAAUGAAAUAGUUCGUUCAGUUUAAUAUUAUUUACACAUUUCUACAAACUUGGAGAAUUUGACAAGAUUAUCAAAAAGAAGAAAAUUUUUUUUUAUCUUUUUAAUAGAAUUAUGGUAGCAAGCGUAUCAGAAAUAUUGUUUAUGUGUAUAAAUACGUCGUGAGUGAACGCGCUUAACAUACCGACCAUUGUUUUUACAAUACAAAGAAUUUUUUCAACCAGCUGCAACUGGCACUAGUGUGCCAGAAGAGUUGUUAUCAGUGAACGAAUAGCUUGAUACACUAACGAUAGGAACAUAGAAGCUACAAAUUAUCUACUUCAAACUGCAAAACUUUAAAUUAAAACACUAAAGUAAGUAAUAGUAAGCUGCGUAACACACCGCUUUCUAUAUCUAAAAAAAGGGCGCAAAAUGUUGCAAAAUUGUUGAUAAGGAGGUAAUAGUCAAACAAUGUAAUAAAAAUAUAAAAUUAAUGUUUUUGGUCAAAACUUUAUAAUUGUUUAGCGCGAGUUUUCUGUGUUUUAAGUUUUGAUUUUAAUGUAUUAGUAUUAUACACUGUAAAUAACACUGUCUAUACCCUACGUUAAUUUUAUAUAAAAUAAUAAACAAAAUUACGAGCUGAAAAGACGAAUAAACACCUUUAUGUUCCCAUUUAAAUGUCCUUAUUAGCGUAUUGGCUGGUAUAGAAAUUCAAAAAAUACAAGCAUAAACGUUUAUCAGCAGCGUUAACGAAAGCUAGUGAGCCUGCAUAGGUCUCUUAAUGACUGGAAAUUAAAUAUGUAUUUGUAUAUCUUUAUAUUUUAUAUAUCUCUAUUUAUAACAUAUAUAUCUAAAGAUAUAUAGAAAAUAAAGAUUAUAUUGUGCAUAUAUUUAUACAUAAAUAUAUAUAUAUACAUAUAGCCUAUGCAUUGUAACUUAAUAUGCUUAGAUUAGUUUAAAACUUUUAGGAUAACCAAAAGAUUCUUAUGUAUAUAGGUAGUUAACAACGAAGAACACAUACAAAAUAAUUAAACAUUAGGAAAACAGCAAAACUAAAAUAGUAGCAAUUGAAAUCAAUUGACAACUUGAAUGAAGAAUGUAUCUCAAAAAGAAUGAAACGCAGCGCAUUAAGUUUAAAAUUAAUGAAAGAAAGAACACAAACUAAACGCAAGGGUCUUAUUGAUUAAAUAAAACUUCCAAACAAACACGAUUUCCCAUAGAAAAAAUAAAAUCAAUGUAGGAUCAUUGUGGCGAUGCGGAAUUCACCACAACACUGAAUUCAAUCAGGUACCACAAAACUACCUAGAAUAAAUUUGGACAAUUCCAGCAGGAGGAAAUGACCUACAGUUAAAAACAACCCAAAACUACACACAUGUUCCAAAUGAUAAAAUUAAUGAAAUUAAUUAGCAAUAGCAAUUUACCGAGUGAAAGUAAAUUAUGAGAAUAAUUUAAAUUUAUUAUUUUUUAUAGGUGUUCUACAAUUCUUUUGAUUAUAGUUUACAGUGAGCAAAAUUGCAAAUCUGGCCCAACAAUUCGAAAUCAUCUGUAAAUCGUUUAUUUCAUGAUUUUAUUGAGUAGAACGACCCAUAUUAUAUGUUACCCAUUUGGGUUUGUACACGUGUUAUCUUAAAUUUCGUUUGACAAAAAAAAAAUUGUGUCUUGUUGGCUUUAUUCUUUUCGUUCAUUUGCGUUCAGUUAUCACUUUCCCUUUUAUUUCACGUAUUCAGUUUAGUCACAUGCUGCCAUUGGUUAGAAUUUAAACAUCAGUACAGUGAACCGAUCAAGUUUACACUACACGACAAUCUCUUUGUACAUACGUGUGUAACUAUCAUGACUUAGUACAGGCACGUGUGUAAUACGUUAGUAGUUGACGUUUUGUUCGGUUACUAAUCAUACAAUCAAAAUCUGAUUUGAUUAUUUAAAAACAAAACCUUCCAAACAUAAUAGUUUUAUUUCGUUUGUUAAAACUUCUUUUAACUAUAGAUUUACUAAACUGCUUGGUCAACAUGAGAUCCCUGUGAGAUUUGGGGUAGCAAAUUGUAGAAAACAAUUACUACAUUUACUACAACAACUAUUAUGAAACGAAAAGCUCGCACAAUUGAGGAAAAACAAUCUUAAAAGGAAUAUUUUAAUUGGGCCAAGGCUAGAAAUGCAACCGUUACGUAAUGGCGAAACAUGGAUAAAACAAUUGGGAAUAAAAGAAAAGGGUAGGAAUAUUUACGGACGCACACAAGGAAACAAAAGUCAACAUUAAAUCGAAACUAGUAAACCAAUUAUAUAAUUGCAACGGUACCAGCAUGAACUAUUAGGAGAGAAUAUUAAAUUAAAAAAGAGUGAUCGAUUGUGCUGCAACAUACACAAAAAGAACCUCGGAGAUAUAUUAAAAACUGUGCAUGUUACAACUAAAACACAUUCGUACAACAGAAAACAUUUAACACAAAGCCCAAGCAAUAGAAGAAAUAAACAAACAAGAAAUAUAAA